AUGCACCUCCGGAACGGACGCGUCAUCGGUCCCACACCGCAGGAGACUCCUACAAUGUCGGUCAACAAAAUGCCGAGCGGGACACCAGACCAUCAUCGCCAUGCGACUCCGAAGCCCACCGUGGCAGAGCGGCCGCAUGGGCAUAAGGAGGCAUCCCCGCAGGUGAUACCUUUGCCCAAUGUUAUGCCAGGGGACAGUCCCUUCGUCAUAUGGGACCAAUUCCAGUCUGCAGUGAGUGUGAUUAGAACUGUAUUAGGGGGGACCGUGGAAUCCAGCGCAACGACUCCCAUACUACCUGAAGACGGCAGCACUAUGCAGGCCUUUCUGCUGCGCAUCAAGCGCCGGUACACCCAGAUGGGAUUGGAACCGCGCGAGUGGGGAAAUGCACUUAUAGACCACCUCGUGGGCCCGGCUCUAACGUAUUGGAUGUAUCUACGGAGAACUAUCGACCUAAGCGACUGGGUGACAGUGCAGCGCAGGCUUUUGGAGCUGUUUGACAGAACUAUGUCACAGAGUCAAUUGUUAACGGAGUUGGCUAAAGCACGGUGGAAUGGUAACCCGAAGGAAUACACGGAUCGGUUUGCGGUUGUAGCGGAGCCUGGGUUGGGGUUUGCCCCCGACGAACUCGCGGACUAUUACUGCGCCGGGCUACCGACAGACCUCCAUCUUCUAAUAACUAAUAACGGGCAACUGGAAUAUCAGUCGUGGAAACAAGCGGCGACCGCCGCAAGACGGCUCUACGAGCCCAAGCGGAGUGUGUUGGAACUCCGAGAAAGGAUCAACCGAGCCAUUAGGGCGGCCGCCCAAGCUAAUGGACCUCGUGGGCGAAGAAGUCAAAAAUCGUUCUGGGGCAACCCACGCUAA